ACCCCCGCUCUCUAUAAAAAGUAGGUAGUAAUUCAUAUUUCAUAACAACGUUGUAUUUCUUAUUUGACACCAUGGCCAAUAAGAACAACAUGUAUGCUAAUGAGCUAAUAGAAGCUGAAGCUCAGUCUUGGGAUUACAUUUUGACCUAUUUGCGUCCUCCAUGUGUAAGAUGCGCAAUUCAAUUAGGAAUUCCUGAUAUCCUUCACAAAAAUGCCGAUCCAAUUAUGUCACUCUCUGACCUCAUUGCUGCUUUGCCAAAUUUAAAUCCUUCAAAAACUACAUUUAUCCCCAUUUUAAUGCGAGUUUUAGUUGAUUUGGGGCUUUUCAACUACCACCAUCAACAAGGAGACGGCUAUUCACUCACCAGCGUUGGCCGUCUCUUUGUGGAAAAUGACCCCUCUAACAAGAGGUCAAUUUUCACUUUCUUAACACAGUUCGAAAUAGUUGAUUCCAUGAGCGAUUGGUUACGAAACGAUCUCCCCACUGCCUUUGAAACAGCACACGGGAAAUCCAUUUGGGAUUAUUGCGCUGGAGAGUCAGAAUAUAGUGGUGUUUUUAAUGAUGCAAUGGCUAGUGAUUCGAAAUUGAUCUCCAAUUUGUUGAUUUCUGAUUGCUGUAGCGGUGUUUUUGAGGGAUUAACUUCGUUGGUGGACGUUGGAGGUGGAACCGGCACCGUAGCAAUGGCUAUUGCCGGAGCUUUUCCGAGCUUGAAAUGUGCUGUGCUUGAUCUCCCUCAUGCUAUAGGUGAUCGAAAGGGAACUCAAAAUUUGGAGUUUGUUGCCGGGAAUAUGUUUGAUAAAAUUCCUCAUGCUAACGCAAUCUUACUCAAGUGGAUUUUGCACGACUGGAAUGAUGAAGAUUGUGUGAAGAUACUGAAGAAAUGCAAAGAAUCGAUUCCGAGUAAGGAAAAGGGAGGAAAAUUGAUCAUCAUAGACAUAGUAAUGGAGGACAAUUGUAGCAAUAAUGAGCGGCUUGUUCAAUCACAACAUUUGAUGGACUUAUUAGUGAGGAUUAUUUAUGCUUCCAAAGAGAGAAGUAACAAAGAAUGGGAAAAACUCUUCCUAGAUGCUGGUUUUAGUGGAUACAAAAUAAUAACCUCUCUUGGUUUAAGGUCUCUAAUGGAAGUUUAUCCUUAAACAAUACAUGUUUAUCCUAUGUCACACAUAUAUAAAUGUGUUUAAUUAGGAUAACAUGAUUUACUGGCAAAAUUUGACAAGCACUUAGCUCCUUCUGAAGAAUGUCAACCUUACCCUUUUUCAAAAAUUCUGAAUAAUAUAUUUACUGCUUAUAAUAAAGAUUUGUUAUUCUGAAAUAGCUUCAGAAAGAACGAUCACUUCUUGUAAUUGUGUUUUCACUUCUCGAUUUACGUAAUAAAUAAAAAACAUCGUUCUCCUUUAU